AUGGAUUCCGCUCUAGAGGCUUCACAGUCGGAGAGCUCUAAAUAUGUCCCCCCUAACCUUCGACCCAAAGGCUCUACAACCACUGUCUUCCAUGACUGUCCAAUCGAACCGGAUAGCGAAAUGAAACGUGUGGAAAGUGAGGCAGAGGCGUCCCAUUUGGCCAAAUCAGUACUGGAGGUUGCUGCUAAGAAUCCCCCUGAAAACCCUCUUUUGGAGAAGGAAAAUCCCAAGAGCUUGUCUGCUGUCGCUGUAUUCCAGCACAAACUCUUUAGGUCUAGGUUUGGAUGCUUUGUGGCGUCGACCACUGAUUCUUCGGUUGUUACACCUAUCCCUAUCCUUUCCGAUACGAUGACUGAGAAUGAGGAACCUGUGGACACGGAAGCAACUAUCUCUAAUCCUCCCUCUUCGGUGGGUCCUAUCAUCAUAAUAGGAAAGGAAGCCACUAUGCCAACACUGAUCACCCUCGUUGCUUCACUUCCCUAG